GCUUGAGUCAUAAAUACCCACAUAUUAUAGUAGUUUCUGUUAAGUAUACAAAAAAUAGUUGAAAAUAGACCGCUUUCGUUGAUUUUGUGCGCGAAUCUGAAGAGAGAAAGCUAAUCUGCUCACAUGUCACAAGAGACAUGUGUUAAGGUAGAAGUGGUGUGUAUGAAGGCUGACCCUUUAGAGCUGUCUGUGAAGGAAGAACAGAAGCGUGAAGAAAGUGGCUCAAGCGGAUCGAACAUGGCUAGAUUGUACACUGACCAUGUGGUUAUGGAUGAGCUUGUGCUGAGUCCCGAGGAGUACAUUCAUCCUGAAGUGGGCCAAGUGGGUUCGGACAGCAACGCCAAGGAACCACUCACCAUGGUACACAAGAGGACACGUACUGGCGAAAAGUGUUUUCAAUGCACUUACUGUGAUUAUAAAUGCAUUUCGGAAUCACUUUUACGUAGUCACCACAUGAUACACACUGGGGAGAAGCCGUUCAAGUGUAGCCAGUGCGACUACAGCUGCCGGGUAAAAGGACAUCUAAACACACUGGCGAAACGCCAUUCCAAUGUAGCCUCUGUGAUUACAAAUGCAUUUUUAAAUCUAACUUACUGUUCAACUUUCGUAUGA